UUACGAAAAUCGCAUUACCUCAGAAUUCGCAGCGCGUAGAGCACCUUGUCCAGUGUUUGUUUGCCUUUACGAAUCUUAAAAAAUCGAACAGCAAGGAGUACAUUGAUGACUUGAUAUUUUAUGUAUUUAGUUACGUUACAGACACCAUUGGGUGAAGCCGGUUUUACAUACUUAGGUGUUACUCGGAAGUGUACCGUCGAAGAUCUAUUGAAUAUUUUCGUUGUGUUCUUAUAAAUUGAAGAUGGCUCAAGUAAGCGAAAAAGAUAUAACUGCAAUCAAAGAUUGGCUGGCCCAAGAACCGACGUUACCCAAAGAUUUUGAGGACAUAAUGAUAAAAAAGUUCCUGUUCAGCUGUCACUGCAGCUUGGAGCGCACGAAGCGAUGCAUCGAGCACUUCUGCAACAAUCGGGCUACCAUGACUGAGGUGUUUAGCAACCGAGACCCGCUGUCUACUGGCAUGAAGAACGCUUUUAAUGCUACAGCCGUCUCAACAUACUUGAUCGAAGAUAAAGAGGAGAUCAUGAUCCAUCGGCUACUGACCACAGAUAACUUCGACUUCUACAACAACCUGAAAUCAUUCUCUUUACAAAGUGACCAUUGGUUGCGACAGAAGAAAGAGGUCUUACCUGAACACCAUAUUGUGGUGUUGGAUAUCAAGGAGUACACGCUUAUGAUCGUGGCUAGAUCUAAUGUGUUCUACUUCCAAAAGUUUUUGACUUUCCUUUUGGAAGCCAUGCCGGUGCGCUUGAAGGAAGUCCACGUGGUGAACUGCCCAUCCUUCUACGAGUAUCUCUAUGGUCUCGUCAAGGGAGCUUUACCACAAGAGAUUCGGGAUAUUAUUCACUUCCACACGGAUCACAUGGGGCUGCACAAGUUUGUGGACAAGAAGUACCUGCCUGCAGAGUAUGAUGGUGAUGCAGAGAGCAUGGUCGAACAGAGUAAUUAUUGGGUCACAGAGAUAAAUGAUCAAAGGAAAUUCUACCUAAACAACGAUCUAUGGAAGGCAGAUCUCAACAAGAAGAUUAAGAACUCUAAUAAUAACCCAGUCGAGACUACUAUGAGCGGCUCCUUUAGAACUCUCGCUAUUGAUUAGAUGAGAAAUUAGAAUUAUUCUGACAUUAAUGUUCGUUUAUAAAAUAUUCAUUAGAAUUAAGAUAGUUAAUAAGAAAGACCGGUGAUCGACAACAAUGUUUACAAAAACUA